GUAGUAAUGUUUCAGACCUACACCAAUCAAAACAGUAAACCAAUUGAAGCUAAAUAUGUCUUUCCUUUGGAUGAUAAAGCUGCUGUUUGUGGAUUUGAAGCUUUUAUCAAUGGAAAACACAUCAUUGGAGAGGUUAAAGAAAAGAAACAAGCACAUAGGGAAUAUCGGAAAGCUAUCAGUCAGGGUGAUGGAGCUUAUCUAAUGGACCAGGAUGCACCGGAUAUUUUUGUAAUAAGUGUUGGAAACUUACCUCCAAAUUCUACAGUUGUGAUCAAAAUCACCUAUAUCACUGAACUGAGUUUUCAGCAUGGGUACAUCACCUUUCAUAUGCCUGCUUCUGUGUCACCAUGGCAACAGGACAAAGCAUUAAAUGAAAACACGCAGGAUACAGUAAAAAAGGUUUGUGUUAAACAAGUAAAACUACAGAAAAA